CAGCCCUCCUGUAGUACUGAAAGCAGCUGUAGCAUUCAAUUCAGUAGCUGUUUAGCUAACUCCUACCCAAGAUGCACAUGGAAGUGGAGGAUCUGGCUGUAUUUGAUGAAGCAAAUGAUAUAAUCUGUGAAGGAAUAUUUUCCAGGUUCCCAGAAAUCAUGUCAGUAGGGUCACAUUCAUUCUCUCCAGGAGGCCCUAAUGGCAUUAUCAGAAGUCAAUCCUUUGCUGGCUUCAGCGGUCUUCAAGAAAGAAGAUCAAGGUGUAACUCCUUUAUUGAAAAUUCCUCUGCGCUCAAGAAACCUCAGGCAAAAGUGAAGAAAAUACACAAUUUGGGACACAAAAGCACCAGCACUGCUAAGGAGCCUCAGCCUGAAAGGAUGGAAGAGGUUUACAAGGCCUUGAAGAAUGGACUGAAUGAAUACCUGGAAGUGCAUCAAAAGGAGCUGGAUAAGUUGACUGUUCAAUUAAAGGACAUGAAAAGAAACUCACGUCUGGGGGUGCUGUAUGAUCUAGACAAGCAAAUGAAAGCAAUUGAAAGAUAUAUGAGAAAGCUGGAGUUUCACAUCAGCAAGGUAGAUGAACUCUUUGAAGCCUAUUGUAUCCAAAGACGACUCCGUGAUGGUGCCAGCAAAAUGAAACAAGCAUUUGGGUUGUCCCCUGCCAGUAAGGCAGCUCGGGAGAGUUUGUCAGAAAUCAACAAAAGCUACAAAGAAUACACAGAGAACAUGAGUACUAUUGAAGGAGAGCUAGAAAAUCUAAUGGGGGAGUUCUGCAUCAAGAUGAAAGGUCUGGCUGGUUUUGCUCGACUUUGCCCUGGCGACCAGUAUGAGAUUUUCAUGCGUUACGGCCGUCAAAGAUGGAAACUGAAAGGCAAAAUAGAAGUCAAUGGCAGGCAAAGCUGGGAUGGAGAAGAAAUGAUCUUCCUCCCUCUUAUUGUUGGGUUGAUCUCCAUUAAGGUCACAGAAGUUAAAGGCCUUGCUACACACAUUUUGGUGGGAAGCGUUACCUGUGAAACAAAAGAGUUGUUUGGUGCUCAGCCUCAAGUUGUUGCUGUGGACAUUAAUGACCUUGGCACGAUAAAGCUGAAUCUAGAAAUCACUUGGCACCCAUUUGAUGUGGAGGACUUGACCCCAUCCACAGGCAACACAAACAAAGCAUCUGCUCUCCAAAGAAGAAUGUCCAUGUAUAGCCAAGGCACUCCAGAAACACCAACCUUCAAGGACCGCUCAUUCUUUUCAAAUUUACCCGAUGAUGUCUUUGAAAAUGGAACAGAACAUGAGAAAAGGCCAAUGUCUUUCAGCUUCAGUGAUAUUCCCAAUGGAGACUGCACUCCAUCAUCCAGUUCAGUAGGUUCCUCCUUUGCCAUAGAUAAUCCUAAUCCUGAAAUUACCGUCACGCCCCCAGAACACAAUGGACAGAACUUAUCAAAAACUCACACCAUGGACAAUAUCAGUACAACCUCAUCCGUGGACUCUGCACCUGAAUCCAGAGAUUUAAAAUCACAAGAGAAUGUGCUAGUUAAUGAGGAAAAUAAGACUUCAAUCGUAGAUUCUAAAGUUUGCCAAAAGUCUCUAAAUUCAAGGAGCAACACCCUGUUUUUAGACAACAGUGCCCCAAUGUCACUUCUGCAAGACACAGAUGAGUUAUCAGAGCUCAAACCUGUGGAACUGGAUACUUUUGAAGGCAACAUCACUAAGCAGCUGGUUAAAAGACUCGCUUCAGGAGAAGGCCCAAUGACACCGGAAAAGUUGCAUUGUGAGGGAUCAAUAAGUGGUGAAUCUGAAGGCUAUAAAUCCUGUUUUGAUGGAAGCCUAGAAGAAGCAUUGCAGGGGCUUAUGCUAUCACUUGAGCCUCAUAAAGAACAGUUUAAAGAAUUCCAGGAUUUGGACCAAGAAAUAGCACACCUGGACGAAAUCCUAAAAUGCAGACCAGCAAUAAAUAACAGCAGGUCAUCCAGUUUAAGCCUAACAGUUGAAAGUGCAUUGGAAAGCUUUGAUUUCCUUAACACCUCUGACUUUGAAGACGAUGGUGGUACUGAUGAGCUUUGCAAUGGUGGUCGAGGUGCUGACUCUGUAUUCUCAGAUACCGAGGUUGAGAAAAACAGUUACAGGUCAGAACACCCAGAAGUCAGAGGGCAUCUCAGCGAAGCAUUGACAGAAGACACAGGAGUUGGUACCAGUAUAGCUGGAAGCCCUCUUCCGUUGACCACAGGGAACGAAAGCCUGGAUAUCACUAUAGUCAGGCACUUACAGUACUGCACACAGCUUAUUCAGCAAAUUGUAUUCAAUAAAAUUCCAUUUGUGACAAGAAACCUCCUAGAUAAGCUGUCCCAGCAGAUUCUAGUGAUUGAGAGUCUUGCAGAGAUCAGCAAUGAGAACAUGGGGAACAUCAGACCUAUAAGUGAAGCAAUUCCAGAAUUCCAGAAAAGGGUCUCUCUACUUUCCUUCUGGAGUAAAUGUACUAAUUCUUCUGGAGUGUAUCACACCUCUGCGGACAAGAUGAUCAAACAAUUGGAUAUCAUGUUUGCUACAGCUGUGAAUGACGAGUAUCCAGGACUUGCAGAAACAGCGUUCAAAACCUUGGUAUCUCAUAUCUUGGACCGAGCAGAGCCUGUCUUCUCUUCCAGUCUGCCCUUGGAAAUUAUAACAGUUUUUCAGUAUUACAACUAUUUUGCCAGCAAAAAUGUUAAUGAUCUGGCAAAUUAUUUGCUUCAGCUUGCAAGAGAAGCUUUAAUAGUGCAGACUCUCCAGUCCUUAAGAGAUGAAAAGUUCUUGCAGAGUAAGACUGCUUUAACCUCCAUCAGCCUUCCCCCUCAUCAAGAAGUACUGAAAUCCUUGGCUGUUCUCCUGACUGAAAACAAAAGGGAGACUUAUGAGGCUGUGGCAUCAGUGUUGUCAGUUGCAGCAGAAGACAAGCAGUUCAGGGAAAAGGCUUUAAUUUAUUAUUGUGAAGCUCUUGCACAGUCCAACCUCCACCUGCAGAAGGCAGCUUGUCUGGCCCUCAAAUGCCUCCAGGCAACUGAAAGUAUUAAAAUGCUGGUCACACUUUGCCAGUCUGACAACGAAGAGAUCAGGAAGAUAGCCUCUGAAACCCUGCUCUCUCUUGGAGAAGAUGGAAGACUGGCAUAUGAACAACUAGAUAAAUUUCCCCGUGAAUUUGUUAAAGUUAGUGGACGCCGUGGGACUGAGGUAGCCACAGCCUUUUAAGUGUUUUACCUGCAUAUUAGCACAUAACAGUCACAGGAGCUGGUCUUCUUAACCCUAAUGGUGCUGUACCUGAACUGCAAAAACAAGAAAACAUUCUUUUGAAGGAUGCUCAGAAAUUUAGCAAUUCACAGAUAUACAAAGAAAAAAACCAUGGAGAUCUGUUUGGAGGUGUUAUUGGCUUCCCUGUAACUUAAAAUGAAAAUGGUAAUCUGUCAACAAUUGUGAUUGCUUUGCUUUUGAUUGAAUCUAGGCGGUUGCCAUGAAGACAGCUUAAGCAAAUACAAGAGGUUUUGAAAUCAUAAAUGAGAGAUUUUAAAGUAAAUUUGGUGUUUGUUUUGUGGAUAUUAUUGUAUCAGUUUGAAACCUUGUAAUGCUUCCCCUAAACCAGUGCAAAUAAUAAAGCAAGCUGAAUGGGACUAUUAAGGCAGUUCUGACUCCCAUCUGUGCUGUGCCUCUUUUGCUUUCAGGUAUCUCCUCCCUGGUUUUAGUAGUAGUAGUACAGUUUAGCAUGAACAAUCUUCAAAUGAUUGCCUCUGGAAACAGCACGAUGCAAACCCCAGAUGUCAGGUCUCCGACUCAUUUCCAUUCUUGCUCUUUCCUGGCCUCUCAUUAAUCCCAGGGUUUUUUUCACCGUCAAGCAAUUGUGCAGGUUGUCCAUAACAAAUGGAAGGUUAGAGAUGUUCCCCUGGAUCCAGUUUCCUUCCCUCUUCCCUAAAGGUUCAAACAAAAGUGAGGCUUUAUGCAGAUCAAUAAGCAGAUUGAAGUGUUCACAUGCACCUCUUCCCUCACAUGAUCUGCAAUGGUCAGCAUGCCCCUGUGCCAGUUUAUUCAGAAGUAAAUCCCACUGAGUGCAAUAGGACUGACUCCCUUGUUAGACUGCAUAGGGUUGCAACCUGAAGGUGUUUUAUUGAAGCCCUCAUUACUACCCCCACAGAUUAUAAAAUUUAAAGUAGAUCAUUCCUCUAUUAGUAUUGGGCAGUCAUUCUUGGAGAUAUGCCGAUUGUGAAGUGUGUGUGUGUGUGUGUGUUUUAAAUCUAGUCUAAUAAGUCUUUUCUUUUUUUGCCAAAUGCUUUGGCAAGCCAGUAUUCUUUAUUGUGAAUGUUACAACACUGUAUAUACCUGUAAAUUUACAAAUUAUAUAUAUUCUCUGAUUAAAAGCUACAUUUGUACAGUCACUCUAAAAGGUUUGCUGAAGGGGAAAAGUCGCUUAUGAAAUGUGAAAUAAUUUAUGUGUUGGUUUUUUACAGCCCAUUGCUGGCAUAAGCCUGCAGUCUUUCAUUGUUGUCUUUUGUAUUGACUUUUGGCUUAUAUUUGCCUUCUAGUUUUGUGGUAUUUGUACUUCUC